GGGCGGGCUGGCUGCCGAGUUCCGAUAGGCUUUGCCGAAAAUACGACCGGCUGGAAGGCGGCGGAGAAGCCGAGGCUGGGGGGCAGCCAGGCUCCCUCUCACCACGGCCUUCUCGCCUUCCCCUUCAGCAGCAGGAACCGGUUCAGAGGCAGCCUCCUGCCCCGGGGAAGGUGAGGGGCGGCGACAAACCAGAGGAGAGGGAUUAAGUUUCCCGAGAAUUCGCCUCCUGACAUUCCCGGAGCUGAGAAGCCUUGGAAUUCUAGCUUUGAAGGAGAAGGGAAGGAACGGGAGAAAGGGACGGUUUGCAGGAGAAAAUCUCGGGAGGCUGGCUACCACCCGCAGCUCUGGCCCCUGCUCCCGGGAAGCCCAGACUCGGAGGCCAGCCACAGAUCCCCUGAUAGGAGGCAGGGCCCGGCACACCGCAGAACCCGGGGCGAAGCCUCUGUGGGGCCAUCACCCUGGAGAGCCCAGGGGUCAGUGCUCAGCUUCCCACCAGCAAUCUCUAAAUUGAACCGAUCAGGGCUGCAAAUUGGAAAAGAGACAGCACAGCGCGCACACACUUUUGUGUCCUUUUGGCGAUUUAGAUGAGGCUUCCUGCUGAAGUCCUGGCUCGCUGAGUAAUCCUCUGCAGAUAGCUGUGACUUUGUACUCGGUGCCUUCUGAGAAAAUGCAGCAGGCGGAGAACUGGGCCCCUCAACAAACAGGUGGUGCGGGAGAAUCUGGGCUGCCGGCUCGAACAGGCAGCGUCUCCUACAUCAACAUCAUCAUGCCUUCGGUGUUCGGCACCAUCUGCCUGCUGGGCAUCGUGGGAAACUCCGCGGUCAUCUUCGCGGUGGUGAAGAAGUCCAAGCUCCGCUGGUGCAGCAACGUCCCCGACAUCUUCAUCAUCAACCUCUCGGUGGUGGACCUCCUCUUCCUCCUGGGCAUGCCCUUCAUGAUCCACCAGCUCAUGGGCAACGGGGUCUGGCACUUUGGAGAGACCAUGUGCACGCUCAUCACGGCCAUGGACGCUAACAGCCAGUUCACCAGCACCUACAUCCUGACCGCCAUGGCCAUCGACCGCUACCUGGCCACCGUCCACCCCAUCUCCUCCACCAAGUUCCGGAAGCCCUCGGUGGCCACCCUGGUGAUCUGCCUCCUGUGGGCCCUCUCCUUCGUCAGCAUCACCCCUGUGUGGCUCUACGCCAGGCUGAUCCCCUUCCCCGGGGGCACGGUGGGCUGCGGCAUCCGCCUGCCCAACCCCGACACUGACCUCUACUGGUUCACCCUGUACCAGUUCUUCCUGGCUUUUGCGCUGCCCUUCGUGGUCAUCACGGCCGCGUACGUGAGGAUCCUGCAGCGCAUGACGUCGUCGGUGGCCCCCGCCUCCCAACGCAGCAUCCGGCUGCGGACCAAGAAGGUGACCCGCACAGCCAUCGCCAUCUGCCUGGUCUUCUUCGUGUGCUGGGCGCCCUACUACGUGCUGCAGCUGACCCAGCUGUCCAUCAGCCGCCCGACGCUCACCUUCGUCUACCUGUACAACGCGGCCAUCAGCCUGGGCUAUGCCAACAGCUGCCUCAACCCCUUCGUGUACAUAGUGCUCUGUGAGACCUUCCGCAAACGCCUGGUCCUGUCUGUGAAGCCCGCGGCCCAGGGGCAGCUUCACACCGUCAGCAAUGCCCAGACGGCUGACGAGGAGAGGACAGAAAGCAAGGGCACCUGACAGCUCCCUGCCACCCUGGCAGCUCCAAGUCAGGACACCGCAGCCCCGGGGAGACGCCCGAGGCCCGCUGGGAGCCGGCAGGGAGGCUGGGUGGUGAGGGGUUACUGUGACCACAACCCGCCCCGGGGCCCACGAGUUGCUGGGGAGGCUGGAGCCAGGUUGGGGGCUGCAAACGUCAGAAACCCCCUGGCAGAGCCCCCUGGCAGAGCGGGAUGAGCUCUUUGGGUGGAACAGAAACUGAGGAAGAAGCAACUUUUGGUUUGAAAAUCGGUGGGGGAGGGCACCCUCCAUCCGCUGGCGGCCCAGCACGAGAUCAGGACCGAUAUGUGCACACUGCAUAGGGCCCUGAGGAGAUGGGGCUGGGGUGGCCUCGGUGCGCUUUCCGUGGCCAGUUGGCUUGAGGGGAGCAGCCUUCCCCCCAUGCCAUCGUGCUUUCCAACGUCUGUUCAUCUCCCUUUAGCUCUAGGGGGUGCAUGUUUAUGGGGGGGCGGGGUGGGCGCUGAGCCCACGGGAGUAAAAGCCCAACUUGCUCAGCCAUGCACUGAGAAUGCCAAGGCUACCUGGGGCAGGGGUCUUGCAGUUAAGAAAAACGGGCAGGCGGGGGCUUCUGCAGCUGUGGACACACAGUCCCUUUGCCGAACAUCUGUCAGCCGCCAGGUCCGGACUCAGUGCCCGUCUGCGUCCUGCAGGUGUGGGCUGUGCUGAUGCCUGGGGUGCUGGACCAUGUUUUGCUCUGGUCUUUCCUCUCCCAAAUAAAAAUGAAUAAAGG